AUGAAUCGGUUGUGCCUGAGAGAGCAUCCGACGAUCCCGAAUGCCACGGUGUCCUUUGAGGGCUGGACCGGAAAAUACCCAGCGCCUCAGGGAGGAAAGGUCAGGUUCCGCUGCGAGAAUCCCAAGGGAUUCAGCGAUGGCUCUCGUCUCCAAACGGCCACUUGCGGCUCCGAAUCGCCGGACUCUUGGUGCACGUCCUUCAAAGGGGGCCCGAUUCAAUGUGAGAAGCUGCAGCAUACAUACCCAGAAUGCCGGCUGACAGAAAAGGGAAGAGAGUACGUGGGGAGGGAGAACAAGACGGAAUCGGGCAAAGAAUGCUUGGCAUGGUUCUUCCAGCCAUAUGGAGUACCAAAUGACUUUCUUGGCAUCUAUAAAGACCGUUUCACAAAUAUGGAUACUUGGUCUCAUGGGAACUACUGCCGGAAUCCAUCUGGUCGAGCCAGACCUUGGUGUUUCGUCUCCGAUCCUUCUGUUCAAUGGGAAUACUGCGACAUUCCCAUGUGCACGAUUACAGAUCCCCCAGAGUGCAAGAUGACGCAACAGGGGGGUGAAUACAUUGGAAGACAAAAUGUCACCCAUUCGGGUUUUCCUUGCCUGCCCUGGAAACUCGCAGAAGAUGAAAAUAAAGAUAUCGGGCCGUCAAUCCCAGAUUCAGAAGAGAUAGACGAAAAUUACAACUUCUGCCGGAACUCCGGGAGAGCGAUUGCUCCCUGGUGUUGGAUCGGAGAUGAGAAUGGUCCAAAAUUCGAAUAUUGCGACAUCAUCUUUUGCGAUUUCCGACAAUUCCGACCUGGAACCAAGGAAAACGUGUAUCCAGAAUGCCGACUGUCACAGAAGGGGAAGGAAUACGUGGGGACUCAGAACGUGACCAGGACUGGAAAAUCUUGCCUCUUUUGGGACACUCAACCGUAUGGUACCCCGUGGGAUUUCAACUUCGUAAAGAGCUACACACAACAGUUCCUGAACAUGGAGUCGUCUCUCCAUAAGAACUACUGUCGAAACCCAGGAAUGCAUAGAAAGAAACCUUGGUGUUUCGUCUCCGAUCCCCGGAUCCAGUGGGAGUACUGCAACAUCCCUUUCUGCCACGACCCAAAUCCACCUGAAUGCAAGCUGACGGAAAAGGGGGGAGAAUACAUGGGGAGAAAGAACGUCACCAUAUCCGGAUCACCCUGUCAGCAUUGGCUAGCCCUGCUUCCCAGAUUUUUCGACCGAGUAUUCGAAUUGUUCUCGGCGUUUUCCGAUGAAGUGGAUGGGAGCCACAACUUCUGUCGCAGUCCCACAUACUCCUUCCAAGGUCCAUGGUGUUCUACGUCAUCGGUCGACGGGCCCACAUGGGAGUAUUGCGAUGUUCCCUUCUGCCCCAAGAGCGAUGGAGAGCAAUGCAGUAUCAGAGUAUCGGGUGAAUGCAUAACUCCAAAGGAAUGCAAAGUAGACAAGAAAGGUCUGACGUACAUGGGAACAAACAAUGUGACGAUUUCGGGAUAUCCAUGUCAGCCGUGGUCGAGCAGGUUCCCAAACAACCAAAAUGACAUGUGGUUUUACGAUGACAUGGGGAGUUCUUUCCCUGACGACUUGUUCCCUUCUCACAAUUUCUGUCGGAACCCGACCGAAUACCCAGAUGGUCCAUGGUGCUGGAAUGGAGCUGGGACGAAUCCUCGUUUUGACAUUUGUUAUAUCCCAAUCUGUUGA